AUGGUUCGUCUUCCCCCCGCAGAAAAGCUCUCUCUCGUGCUUCGUAAGAACAUUCGUGACGAGUGGGAUAGCAAGAAGUCAGACUACGAGAAACAAUUGUCGGACCUUCUUGGGGAGACUUGGGCAAUUGAUAUCAACCCUAACGCCAUCUGGCCAUACCACAAUGACGGCUACGCCAAGGAAUCUGUGGGUAGCUGCAUUAAGGACUACGUUGAGGGUGUCAUCUGGCAGAUCAAGUACCAGGCCGAGAGGUAUCCCCACCUGGCUGAGGAGAUCAAUACCAUUGCCUCUGCCCACGUCCUCGGCAUGGACGUCGAAGACGCAGAACCUAAGACCUUCAGCUACGGCAGUGUCGGCGUGCAGGACGGCAAGCUUAUGAUGCUCUUCCGCCCUGACGCUUUGGGUUCUAAUAUCAGCUACGCUGCGCAGGAGGAUCAGCUCUUCCCCGCCCUCAACGCCGUUCCCAGCGACGCACCUCUCAGCUUUCUGGCGCGCCACUCUAUCAAGACCGAAUACGACGCGAAAAUUGAAGCUGUGCAAAAGUCCAUUGCCACACAAAUUGCCAAGCCUGACAUCAAGCUCAUCCCCAAUUUUGAGGCCACCUUUGCGACUCUCAAGACCGCCGCGGCCGCCAAGGGCAGCGAGGUACGCGACGACUGGGAGAAACAGCUUGGCUACCUGAUCGAGCAAUAUUUUGAGGGCCUCGAUUGGCAGCUAAAGAACAUCAAGAUCGAAGAGGAUGAUUUGAUUCAGGAGGGUUUCAAUGAGGCUGUCGAGAAGGGCGAGCUGGCCUUUCGGCUGGUGGACACUCUCAAGUACGGCUCAUACGGUGAAGUCGUCAUCGAGGACGGCACUCUGUAUCUGCAGGCACUUCCAUCUACUUUUGGAUCCAAUGUUUCGUAUGCGGCGGAGAAGCUUGUGGAUCAACUAUAA